AUGGCGAAAGACAAAUCCAAAGAAAAGGCAAAGGGCGCACGCAGUGUGCCAAACAAGCAUCUCCACGCACGAGUAUCAUUCCUACACCAAGCAGCGACUUUCUUCGCCCUCCGAGAAGCUAGUCCGCCUAGCCAUUCUUCUCUUGACCCGUCGAACAACGUGGACAACGGAUUUACACCGGGACCCACCGCCAGCAUUUUACACCUGGACGACAACCAAAUGGACUGUCAGGAAUCUUCCGACCAAAGCCAGGCUACUUCAAGCCGCGAGUCAGCAGAAAGGCCGCUCCAAUCUGGACUGUCAUUUCACCUAAAUUCGCAACUUCGGCAAGUCGCUCGUAAGUCCCAGAUCCGGUUGCACCCAACCAUCAAGCGGACUGGGUGCAAAGGUUGCAGUGCGGUUCUGAUUGAAGGGCAAACAUGCAACAAGUAUGUGGAGAAUACGUCGAAAGGGGGCAGGAAGCGACAAGCGGAAGUUCUGGUGUUGGAGUGCAUGAACUGUGGCUCGAACAAGCGAUUCCCAAUUGGCGCCAAACGACAAGAGAACAAGGUCCUUCGAACUGGAGCUUCCGAUCGCGGCCAAGAGAAAGAUGUCAUUGUCAAGGAUGGUGCGUCUUCUCUCCCGCCGUGA